GUCCGCCUUCCGAGUGGCUCUGAUGAGUAUACAAAUCUUACAAAGGGCCGAACGACGACGCGCUACGGGAGGCUCUUCUCGAAGGCCUCGACGGCUUUCAAUGAGGGCAGCUCGUGGCUGUACGUCCCCGCGACGACGAAGGGAGCUCCGGCCUGCGGCGCGGCCUCGACGCGGGGAUCGCACAACCGCGCGCAGAGCGCAACACUGGCAACGGCCGCGGCGCCGGCCGCGACGUGCGCCCUCACCUCAUCGCUCUCGUCCGCCGGCACGAGCGCCGACAGGCUCGCGCCGAGCGCCGCUCCUAAAAUGCCGCAUCUACGUGUACACGCCGCGGCGGCGUCCGCCGACGCCUGGGGCACGAGCAGCGGGGGCGGCGUCACCACACCUGGCUUGUUCAAAGCCACGGCGGGCGGCUUUGCCUUCUCGGCGGCGAGGCCGAGCUUGCGCAUGGCCGCGCGCAGAUUCUGGCAGGGCAGGCUAUCAGCCUUGGAGCAGCCAAGGUCCUCGAAGUCUUUAUUGAGGCCGCGGAUGGCCAUCACCUCGUCGAGGGCGUUGCUGCCGAAGAGCUUGUCCAUUCCUGUGUUUGGCACGAGAGCUGUCUCUCACUAGAACGCUCUGUUGCCGCAGUGCCGCGCUUAGCCU